AAAUCCUUCAAUGCUUUAAUGGCCGCCUUUGCUGGCAUGUAAAUUGUUUGAAUUAUUCUCUGUAAAUUGCGUGGCCAUCUAGACUGUAAUAUAAAGUCGUGUAUCUUCGGAAAGUUGUAGGACUUGAUGUGGGCCCGUCGGAUGUGAGAAAAAAAUGCAGAAUGUAGUUCAUGGAAAUGCGUGCGAUGCCGUGAGAGAGGAACCACAGGAGGUUAGUAAAGGACGUACAGGAACUAGCGAUAAUUUCGAGACGGGCCAGAGGCAGAGCUUGAAUUCCCUGCAUUCCAAUUUUAUGGCAGAUUUAACCGAGAGUGACGACGACGAGGCAUCCGAGGCCGAGUCAUUCAUCUUGGACCCAGAAGAGCUGGAGGAAGAGCGCGUGCUGGACACGUCCAAGUUCCUGCUGAGCUCAUCGGAAGGUGGUGGAGGCGAGAGCCCCGACCUACAGGUGGGCAGCGUCGACCCUGACACCCAGGCGCGCCUUGAGGCACUGCUUGAAGCCACAGGGCUGAGCAAGCUGUCCCUUGAGGGCAAACAGUUCGCAGACCCGGAGGUUCUUCGGCGGCUGACGACCUCGGUGAGCUGUGCCCUGGAUGAGGCGGCGGCUGCGCUCACGCGCAUGCGGGCCGAGCACGGCGGGGGUGCCCCCCAUCAGCAGCAGCAACCACAGCUUCAGCAGCAACUGCAGCAGCAGCCACAGCAGCAGCAGCAACUGCAACCACAGCAGCAAUCGCAGCAACAGCAGCAGCCUCAGCAGCAAUCGCAGCAGCAACAGCAAGGAACAACUGGAGGAGUGCCUGCAGCAGCAGUCAACAGCAGCCGGACCCUGGCGGAAGCGUGUAGUGAGGGGGACGUACGUGCCGUGCGUCAGCUGCUUGACGAGGGCCGCAACGUCAACGAGGUCACCGAAGAGGGGGAGAGCCUGCUCUCUCUCGCCUGCGCCUCGGGAUACUGUGAGCUGGCACAGUUACUGCUGGCGAUGCGUGCCAACGUGGAGGACCGAGGCCUCAAGGAUAUGACCCCGCUGAUGGAGGCGGCCACUGCGGGCCACACUGACAUAGUGAAGCUGCUCAUAGAGCAUGGAGCCGAUGUCAAUGCACAGACGGCACAGGGGCACACACCGCUGAUGUUUGCCUGCCUGGGGGGCCACGAGGCUGCGGCUCGGGCCCUGGUGGAGGCGGGUGCAAACCUUGAGGAGCACAAUGAGAAUGGCCACACCCCCCUCAUGGAGGCUGCCUCUGCAGGGCACGUGUCGACUGCCCGUGUCCUUGUGGCUGCUGGUGCCUCCAUUAACACCCACUCUAAUGAGUUCAAGGAGUCUGCACUCACACUCGCCUGCUACAAGGGACAUCUUGAAAUGGUGCGGUUCCUGCUUGAAGCGGGCGCUGACCAGGAGCACAAGACUGAUGAGAUGCACACUGCCCUCAUGGAGGCCUCCAUGGAUGGCCAUGUCGAGGUGGCCCGGUUGCUGUUGGACUCGGGGGCUCAGGUGAACAUGCCGACAGACAGCUUUGAGUCACCAUUGACACUGGCAGCCUGUGGGGGCCAUGUUGAGCUGGCUAUGCUACUCUUGGAGCGGGGUGCCAACAUUGAGGAAGUGAAUGAUGAGGGCUACACACCACUCAUGGAGGCUGCUCGUGAGGGCCACGAAGAGAUGGUGGCCCUGCUCCUCUCUCAGGGUGCUGACAUCAAUGCCCAGACGGAAGAGACGCAGGAAACGGCACUGACACUGGCCUGCUGUGGGGGCUUUCUGGAGGUUGCCGACUUCCUGCUCAAGGCGGGCGCCCAGCUGGAGCUAGGCGCCAGCACUCCACUCAUGGAAGCUGCCCAGGAAGGGCACCUAGAGCUUCUUCGGUACCUCAUAAAUGCUGGGGCAUGUGUUAACGCGAAGACUGCCACGGGGGACACUGCUUUGACGUAUGCCUGCGAAAAUGGCCACACGGAUGUCGCUGACCUGCUGCUUCAAGCUAACGCUGACUUGGAGCACGAGUCCGAGGGUGGCCGGACACCGCUGAUGAAGGCGUGCCGGGCUGGCCACCUGUGCACGGUGCAGUUCUUGCUCAACCGUGGUGCAGACCCCAACCGGCCAACCAGCAGCAAUGACCACACACCCCUGUCGCUGGCCUGUGCGGGUGGCCACCUGUCGGUGGUGGAGUUGCUGCUGGCUCAUGGGGCGGACCCCAGCCACCGGCUCAAGGACAACUCCACCAUGCUGAUCGAGGCAUCCAAGGGGGGCCACACGGCAGUCGUGCAGCUCCUGCUGGAUUACCCUAACCUGGGUACGGCUGCGGCAGCAGCUGCCGCCGCCGCGGCAGCAGCGGCCGCAGCCGUGACCUCGACGGCUUCAGCCACCACAGCAGCGGCCCCUUCCCCCGCAGUUGAGGUUGUCCCCAUGACUGAAGAGCAGAGGGUUGCAGCACUAGCGGCAGCAGUUGCUGCUGGGCACCCCUACCUUCCACAGGUUGCUGGAGCGGUAACGCCCCGUGUGGCAUCGGCGUCGUCCUCUUCAGUGACGGCCAUUCCCUCUGCCGAUGCAUCGUGGCCCAGCAGCAGUGCCCCUUCGACAAGUGGCAAGCGCAAGGCCAGUGGGGACUCUCCUUCCUCCUCUUCCUCCUCGAGCCAUCCACCCUUGAUGUCCUGUGGCGGGGGCACUGUGGUGUCGCGGGGUGGGGCAGACCAGUUGACAAAGCCAAGCCAAGGGCAGCCCGGCCUUCGGCCCAGUGAACGGCUGGAAGCCUGCAUCAGCAGCAUGAUGCGAUCGGCUGAGCUCAACCACCCCAGCCGGGAGGAGCAGAUAAUGCAGAAGCAGCAGAUCCUUGAGGAGUUGCAAAGGGUGGAACGUGAGCUGCAGGGUUCCGAGGACAUGAUGCCCAACGAAGAUGACGCCCCUGCAUGUGCUUGCCAGGCGCAGACCGCAUUCAGCUGGCAGCAGGCAGAGCACCUGGCUGCGGCCGCAUCGACGGAGGACGUGGUGGAAGAGCUGAACCUGCGCAAUGCUGCCCUCUCCUCCUCAUCAACGGUUGUGCCCCCGUCCUCCGGUGCAGAGAUCACUGCCCUGCCCUCCUCGUCCGCGACAGCACCUACACUACUACCCGCUGCUGCCAAGAGGCAUCUUGACAAGGCAUGUGUAGCUUUGAGUCACUGCUGGAUGGCCCUGUCCCAUCUCCAGGCAAAGGCAAGUGGUGGCAAGCAGCAGUUACCUCUGGCUGCCGCUGUGGGGGCUGUCCCGUGUGCCAAGGAUGCCUGCAGUGGCAUAGUAUGUGCGGCAGCAGCAGGAGCGGCGGCAGCCGUGGCGAGCAGCUGCAGCGGAGCCUCCCUUCUUGGUUCGUUUGGGGCUGCACCCCCACAGGCUGAAGGACUCAUGGUGGCCGCUCCUGCACGCACACUCCACGAGGCCUUGGGCGAGAUCGUCACCGGGCCCACGGUAGUGAGCACUCCAUGUGGCGGCGGAAGUGGUGCCCAGGUGUCGAUAACGGCGCAGCAGGCAGUGACUGUGUGCCCUGACCACCAUCACCACCACCACCAUCACCACCACCAUGGGGGUGGAGCUCACCCAGCAGCAUCCACCUUGGGCCAACAACCACCUACCUUGGCCUUCCACCCAGCUGCCUUCCCCAUUCAUGCUCAGGUGGACCUCAACUGGCAGACGGAGAGCAACCAUGACACGGCUCUGACGCUGGCGUGUGCGGGUGGCCACGAGGACCUGGUGAGCCUGCUGUUGAACAGGGGAGCCCACUUGGAGCACCGCGACAAGAAGGGCUUCACACCACUCAUGCUGGCUGCUACAGCAGGUCAUGCAGGUGUUGUCGACAUCCUUCUCUCACAUGGUGCUGACCUGGAGGCUCAGUCAGAGCGCACAAAGGACACCGCCCUUUCACUUGCCUGCUCAGGGGGACGCUACGAGGUGGUGGAGAUUCUGCUGGCCCGUGGCGCCAACAAGGAGCAUCGCAAUGUGUCUGACUACACGCCACUGAGUCUGGCUGCAUCUGGAGGCUAUGUGAACAUCAUAAAGCUCCUCCUGCAGCACGGUGCUGAGAUCAACUCUCGCACGGGCAGCAAGCUGGGCAUCUCGCCUCUCAUGCUGGCCGCCAUGAAUGGUCAUGUGGCUGCUGUGCGUCUCCUACUAGACAACGGUAGUGACAUCAACGCACAGAUCGAAACAAACAAGAACACAGCCCUAACCCUGGCAUGUUUCCAAGGUCGCCAGGAGGUGGUGGCACUGCUGGUGGACCGUAAGGCCAAUGUGGAGCACCGUGCCAAGACUGGGCUGACGCCCUUGAUGGAGGCUGCAUCGGGUGGCUAUGUCGAAGUUGGUCGGGUGUUGCUGGACAAAGGAGCAGAUGUGAAUGCGCCCCCAGUGCCAUCAUCACGUGACACGGCUCUCACUAUUGCCGCUGACAAAGGCCAUUACGCCUUCGUUGAGCUCCUCAUCAAGCGUGGUGCAGCAAUUGAUGUCAAGAACAAGAAAGGCAGCUCGCCCCUCUGGCUCGCAUGCAAUGGUGGCUACUUGGAUGUGGUGCAACUACUGGUGGCGGCGCAGGCUGACAUAGACAGCAUGGACAACCGGCGGGUGUCGUGCCUGAUGGCGGCGUUUCGGCGAGGUCACGUGAAGGCGGCCAAGUGGCUGGUGAAGCAGGUCGCCCAGUUCCCCUCGGAUCAGGAAAUGGCCCGCUUCAUGGCCACUUUGGGGCCGGAUUCACGGGAUCUCCUUCGCAAAUGUCAUCAGUGCACUGAGGUGAUCCAUGCUGCGAAGGAACGCCAGGCAGCCGAGGCCAACAAGUGUGCCUCCUCUCUGCUUGAGGAGCUCGACCUUGAGCGCUCUCGUGAGGAGAGCCGCCGCGCUGCAGCUGCCCGCCGGCGGGAGCGAAAACGCCGCAAGAAGAAGGAAAAACAGGAACAGAUGCGGCUGGCCAAGCUUGAAGCGGAGGGCGGGGACAAGGCAGCUGUGCCAAGUGCUAACAACGGCAGUGGCAAGGACUCGGACAAGGACUCCAAGAGCGAAGGAGACAAGCCCCCAAUGAGCUCCCAGUCGGAGGAGGACGACGACGACGACGAGGAAGAGGAUGAAGAGGACAACCGGACUUCUGCCCCCUGUAGUGGAAACAGGACCGCAGAGCUGGACGAGCGGCUACCUAAUCCUGGAGGGGGUGGAGUCAACCCUUUGGCUGCCGCCACCUCUGGUUCCUCUGAUCGUGGUGGAGGGCCACCCAAUGCACCUGGUCGACCCAAGCCUAACGGAGCAGCAGUCUCUUCCUCUUCCAUGCCUAGCAAGGUUCGCUUAAAAGAGACCUCUGACGAUGCACCACCCAGUGGCAGCCAUGAGUUAUCGAAUAGCCCUUCCUCCUCUCCUCCCAAGACCACUGCCCCUUCGUCUGUAGCUAUGGAGGGUAGCAGCAAAAAUUCACGCAAGAAGAAACAGGCAGGAACCUCCACCACGGAACGCCCUUCCGAGUUGACACCACCCCGGUUGAACCACGCCGCGUCUCCAUCCCCUGUGGCACCCAGCAAAAUUGGAGGCAGCAGCAAGCAGGGGAAAAUUGCUCAGACAACCCAAGCUCUACUGCAGCAGCCAGCAUCUUCGGUGACUCGAUCAUCUCUGGGGUUGGGGCCACCCUCAGUAGUUCAGUCGCAUCGCCAAGCAGCUAUGGCAGGCAAGCAGCGAAGUGGUGAGGUCAUGGUGAAUGGGCUUGCUGAUGGUGAGGACUUCUCGACCGUGGUGAAGGGGACCAAGCACCGGGGACAGGCUCACCAUGCAGUCACUGAUGGCUCCUCCAAGACCAGCACGCUAGGUGAGCUCGCCCUGGAUGUAAUGGACUCGUGUGGUGGGCCCCGCAGUCCUGGUGGGGCAGGCCGACCCUCCCCCGGCGUGGCCUCCUCGCCCAAGAAAAGUGGCUCAGCUGGCAGCACCAGCCUGAACACAUCGUCUUCCGCCAUCACGCCUGUGUCUUCGGGUGCCAGUGUGACAUCGGGCUCCUCCAAGAGUCACCAUCGGGGUGAGGAAGGUUGGAAGGAAGUGGUACGCCGUUCCAAGAAGGUGACGGUGCCCUCAACUGCUAUAAGCAGGGUGAUUGGGCGCUGUGGCUGCAACAUUAACGCCAUCCGUGAGGCCUCAGGAGCCCACAUCGAAGUGGAGAAGCACAAGGGCCAGGGAGAGCGCACCAUCUUGAUCCGACGAGCCAGUGACAGAAGCUCAAGGUCCAGUGAGAUUGCCUCGUUAGUCUCCAACGCAGAACGGUUGCACAGAAACGAGACACGACCUUUGAACGAAAAGCAUGUUGCGGGAGGAUCAGCAGAGGCGACCAAGCAGGCGCAGCUUCUGAUCCAGGGCCUGGUCCAGGAGCCUGACCGUGACCUCUCGGACAUAAUGGCCCAGCAUGGUGUUGCGGCUCCAACCUCUGCAAAGGCAUCGACAUCUUCCUCGGACCAUCGAACCUCCUCCUCCUCGUCAAACCACAUGGGCUCUUCUUCAGUGCUAGUCUCUGGCAGUGGUGGUAGCAGCAGUAACAAGCUCAGUCGACAGGGCAACUCGGCCAAGGUGGUGGGUGUGAAAGCUGCAUCAACACCUGCGCCCUCUCUGCCACCGUUUGGUCAAACACGCCCUGCCCCUCGACCUGGGAUACCUACACUCUCGGGUGGAGGCAGCAGCAAUAGCAGUGGAAGCUCUGCACCGGUGACAUCGUCUGCAGCACCACCAUUUGCCUCGGGCUCAGCUGGCUGGGGCACUCUAGCAUCGUGCUCUACCUCAGCAAAGCCUGUUGCGACAGUGGUAACAACUGUGACAACUGCAUCCGCAGUAGUCACUGCAAUUCCGUCUAUGUCAUCCACUUCAGCUGCUGUGAAUGGGACAGCUGCUACAUCAGCAUCGUACACCCAAGCUGUUAUUUCACCAGCCAAGAGCUCAAGCCGUGCAGCUUCUGCUGAUCCACGUCCUAGUUCAUCACCAAGCUCGGGUGGUGGCAGCCCUUCACCGACAUUAGGCAGUACUGGCCAUGUGGCAGCGUCGUCAACGGCUGCUGCAGCAAGCAGUACCUCUACAGCCACUUCAGUGCCAGCUAGUACCUCGUCGACCAACACUGCGCCAGCUAUCAGCAUUCCGCAGACAUUCUCGCCCUUCAACAACGUGUUCAGCAAGGAGACACAGCCGAGUGUCUGGGGCCAGCGGGAAUCCUCCAAGCCUAACUUUGCCUCCGUGGCCGCUUCCGGUGUGUGUGGCGUCCCUAGCUCCAGUGGCGGCAGUGUGGGAAGUGCACCAGCACCGCCUGAACCUCUUGUGGAUGCAGCCAAGGCUCCUGGCUAUCGAGGCAACCUGCACGUGUCACCGCCCAACUUUGGCCCUAUUGGUAGUGGGCCGCGGAGUGCCCCAUGCACGCCCCCCAUAGGUGCGGGGGCACCACCUUCACCUCCUUCCCAGCCGCAGGCACAGUCCCAACCACCAACGCAGGCACAAGAAUUUUAUGAAAGUGCCUCUGCGCAAACGACAGGGGUGCCACAGGCAGUGCAAGCUGCCCCACAGCAAACAUCGUCACGCAUGGUGUUUGGUCCACCCCACUAUGGGUCAUCAGCACCCGAGCUGGCACCACCCCAGCAGCAACAGCAGCAGCAGCCGCAGCAGCAGCAGUCACAGCAGCAGUCACAGCAGCAGCAGCAACAGCAGCAGCAGCAGCAGCAACAGCAGCAGCAGCAACAGCAGCAGCAGCAGCAGCAACAGCAACAGCAGCAGCCUCAGCAGCAGCAACCAACCAUCCAGAGUACCCUGAACCCCAAUGCACCGGACUUCUCUAGUAGAUCAGCACCACCAGUGAUGCUUGCGGCACCAUUCCCGCAAGUGGGUGCAGGUCACCACCACCACCACCUCACCCCCCACCACCACCAACACCCAGCAGCCACAGGAAGUCUUCCUGGAAUGCGAAUGCCUUUUGCACCACCGCAGGAAUUUCUGCACCCAGUGCAAAGUGGCAGCCACCUUGGACACCACCAUCAGGGAGCAGCAGGAGCGCUGGGAGCGCACCCUGGGGUAUAUCCACUGCAAUUGAUGUCACACCUCCAACAGCAGUACUCUGGUCUAGUGGCCCCUGUGGGACAGAUGCCCAAGGGUGCCGACCGCGCACCGCUUGGGGUGCGGCUUGCGGACGAGGGUUCCCCGUCGGCGGUGUCCCCUCAGGGGGGCCUGUCUCCCGGUGGGGGCCUGGACGACCGCAAGCUGCCUCGCCCCAUCGGGACGGAGCGGGCCCAGAAAAAGGGGGCACAUGCUUCCUACCCGGGCAUCUGGUCCUACUCCAACAGCGCCGCAGGUGUGGGUGGCGGUGCAGGCGGAAGUAGCCUGACUCCAGACCUCAGCGCCAUGCAGGCCUGGGUUCAGUACCAGCAUGCCACGGGGCCCCAGGGAGAUGGCCUGGCUCCAUUGUUACAGCACAACCGCUUUGCUGCUGCUGCUGCAGACACGGUGUCAGAACAGCAGGCGCUCGAGCAGCACUCUUAUCACCAUCCUCAGCAAGCAACACUGAACGCUGGAAGCCUGGGUGGCUGCCCCCCUUUCCUCAACGGUUUCCCUGGCGGAGCAACUGGAGCAAUGUUAGGAGGCGCUGCGCAGCUUUUCUCCUCUGCUAGAGUGGCUGCCGAGGCGCCGCACCAGCCUCAGGAGGCAACACCCUGGUCCCCGCAUAAGCUAAUGGGUGGUGCGCCAGGCGACUCCCUGCACCACCAUGCCGGCCACCACCCCCCCCACCACCCACAGCAGCAGCAACCUCACCAUGCCCAUGUGGCAACUGCCAAGCUGCCUUGGCAGAGCUGGACGCACCACCAGACGUGAUUUGGUCCCGCGGUCCCUUCCACAAGUAGCCGUUGCCAUCCCGACAGCAGAUCGGGUGGCCCAGCAAGCCCCCCAAACCUGGGGGAGGGGAGCAGAAGGAACCCGUUUAUAUAUAUUAUAAAUAUAUAUAUACACACACAGACAGACACACAAGCGUGCCAGACACACACAUGGAACGCACACACAUGAGACAACACUAGCGAGAGAUUAGAAAGGCCACCGGACAAGCCACCGGUGUUGGAGGAGCAAACCUUGGGAGGGCAUGCUGCAGCGCUGUUAUAAAUAAUAAAAAAAAUAAAAGCAGGUUCAAAAAAACCA